AGUUAUCGUCUUCGUAAUACUAUAUGUCGUCGUCCUCCUCCUCCUCUACUACUACUGCUCCUUCCGUGGAAUUACCUCGUACCAAGCUUCAUGCAUCCCUUCAUCACCCUGCAUGCCGGGAAUGGCUCGAGCCCCAUAUUCAUCCAUCUCAGCUCAUAUGGCCUGUUUUCGUCACAUUGAGGGUUGAAGAUAAGGAGAUACCAGGUUUUAGUCCUAACAUGCAGUAUGGUCGUGGUGCUGAUGGUAGCUACCCUGGCCUUAUUGAUGAGCUCAGAGUGCUAGAGAAGAAGGGUUUGAGACAUGUCAUGCUCUUUGGCGUGGUAGAGGAUAAGGAUCCUCGGGCCAGUAUGGCUGAUGCUGAUACAUGCCCAGUUGUGGAGUGCAUUAAAGUCAUCAAGUCACAUCGUGAGCUAUCGAGUAUGUGUGUCCUUGCUGAUGUAUGCAUGUGUGAAUAUACUUCCCAUGGACACUGUGGUAUCCUCAGGACAGUGAAUGGAGAGGAAUGUAUCGACAAUAAGCGAACGGUUUGCCGUCUUGCGGACAUUGCCUUGAAGUAUGCCGUGGCUGGUGCUGAUAUUGUGUGCCCAUCGGAUAUGAUGGAUUCCCGUGAGGCGACAAUUCGAGAUAGCCUCGAUUCCCAUGGCUACGAGCAUGUGCAGAUCAUGUCGUAUACCAGUAAGAAGGCCAGUGUCAUGUACGCUCCUUUCCGGGACGCCGUUGACUCGACCUUCAAGGGUGACCGUAAACGCUAUCAGCAUCCAGUAGGAUCGUCCUCUAUCGCAAUGCGAGCCCUUGACCGAGACUUGACCGAGGGUGCUGAUUUGGCUAUCGUCAAACCAUGCCUGUUUUAUGGGGACAUCAUUCGUCAGUUUAAGGAGUCCUGCAACAUACCUAUUGUUGCUUAUGUAGUCAGUGGAGAGUAUAAGAUGCUUUACGACUACGGUCAGGCUACGGGUGAUAUGAAUGCGGUUGUGCGGGAGGCCCAUAUUUCUCUGGUCCGAGCUGGCGCUACUGUAUUGAUCACUUACUUUGCGCCCUUCAUUUUGGAUAACCUCAACCGAUGGUGAUCAUCUCUGAAGAGAUUAAGAAGCACAUCGACGUCAUAAUACGGCAAGAGUCUUGCUGUUAGGCGUAUAUAUAAGCAUUGCUUCCUAUGCCGUCUGAGACG